GAUCGGUUUUUUUGAUCUGGUGAGCAUUGUGUCACCACCGCAAAAACAACAGCAGACCACAAAAAACCAAACACAAAUCAAAAACCCAACAAAACCGCGCCAACCCAACGUCAAACUCAAAAGCUCAAGUCUCCAAGAAAAGCGACUCAACUCAAACAAGCGUCCAAGAAACAAACCGCAUCUCAUAAACUCAAAACACACACACACACAAAACAAAAAACCAUGGUCUACUCGGCAACAACGCGCACGCCGCAGCAACAGGAAAAGCUCAAGGACGCGGCCAUGCGCAUGCUCGCCGGCCUCGACAUCAAGGACCGCAAGUUCCGAUUCCGCACCCACAAGCAGUGCUUUGUCGGCCGCGAGGCAGUCGUCUACAUGACCUCCAAGGGCCUCGCUGCCAACGAGGACGAGGCCGUCGACAUGGGCCAGGCGCUCCUCGAGGACGGCGUCUUCCACCACGUCACGCGCGAGGCUGGCUUCAGAAACGACUUUCUCUACUACCGCUUUGCCGCCCACGAAGAAACAGCGCACGCGUCGCCAGCAGCGUCCCCAGCAGGAAACAAUAGCGGCGGCGGCGGCAGCAAUCUGUCCAACCCAUCAUCCACCACGGAGAUUGCCUCGCUCGAAGACCGCCAGUUUGGCACCGUCCUCGCCUCGAUGAAGUGGUCGCAGUACGCCCUCACCAUUGGCGCCCUCUCCCCCAUCUGCCUCAAGGUCUUCAAGACGGGCUCCAACGACCACCUCGUGCGGGAAACAAAGCGCGCCCUCGUCACCCUGACCAGCCUGCUCGUCGACGACGUGCACGUCAAAAACCGCCGCCUCGGCACCAAGUUUGCCAAGGCGUGCAUCCGCACCGUGCUCGGACGCGAGGUGAUUGCAUGGCUCAUUGCCCGCGCGAUUGCCGAGGACGAGCUGCACGCCACACAGAUUGCCACGCUCAUGCUCCGCGAAAAGCUGCUGGCCCCGAUCACGGCUGGCGAAAAGGAAGUGCCCGCGUCCGCCGCUGACGGCAACUUCCGCUCCGACAUUAACGCCUACUACCGCUUCUUUGUGCACGAAAAGCCGACCGAGCUGGUCGACAGCAUUGCCAGCAGUCUGGGCGGCCUGGGCGAGGCCAUCUUGCUGCGUCUGCGCGACCAAGUCACGGCCACCAAGAUGCCCAAGGAAGGCAUUGUCAACUUGCGCAUUGUGGCCGCCAACAUGCACCGAGAAAUCAACAUUCACGACCGCCGGUGGCGACUCCGCACGCACCGCCGCUGCUUCCUCGGCUGCGAGGCUGUCGCCUGGUUGGUGACGGAAGGUGUCGUUGACGACGAAAAGCUCGCCAUUCGUGUUGGCCAAGCCAUGAUGGACGCCGGCAUCAUUGAGCACGUGUCCAAGAGCGAGCCGUUUGACAACUCGCGCGUGCUCUAUCGGUUUUCCGCCGACGUCGACCGAGCGGCCGCCGAACAUCACCAACAGCAGCAGCAGCAGCAGCAGCAUGACGACGGUGACGCCUUGGAGGACGCUGGUGAGACCCCGCAAUGGGUGCGCGACCUCUCGCCUCUCAACCUCGAGCACGUCACGGUCGCCCCCGGCGUGCCUGCCAGCACCAUCCCCGGCCUGGUGCGCCAGUCCCUUGGUGUCGGCGCAAAGUAUCUCAAGGCCAACCUGCCAACCAAAAACCGCUCGUACCGCUUCAAGACGUACAAGAAUGUGUUUUUCGGCAAGGAGCUCGUCGCCAAGCUCAUCGACGACGGUGUCGCCGAGAGCGAAGCGCACGCAGUCAAGAUUUCCGAGCUGCUCGUCAUGGACGGGCACGUGUGCAGCGUUGCGCCUGAAAUCAACUCCUUCCGCAACGACAAGAUCCCCUUCCGGUUUGCACAGGAUGCCUCGGACGAGAUCUUGCAAGACGACCUCGACGCCCUGAACGGCUCGAACGUCAUUGCGGGCAUGGCCGGUAUGACCGAGUCCAAUUCCUUCAGCGACCUCGACCACGACUUUGACCAGUCUCCCUCCAGCACUGGCACCAGCACUCCCAAAAAUCUGGAGCGAUCCUCGGGCUCAGUGUCAUCUACCAACUCGCCCCAGCUGACUGGCAAGGAGCAGUCCAACAUUUUCCGCGAAUUGAUUUGCAACCCGACCCAGCUGCGUGCCUUCCAACGCUUCCUCAAGAAGGAUUUCAGCGACGAGCACAUCAAGUUCUGGCUCGCGGUCGAGUGUCUGCGCGUGGUCGAGGCCAACGCCGUGAGCGUCUUUGCACACCUCAUCUACGACGAGCAUGUCGCGCCCGGUGCUCCCCACGAAGUGAACAUUGACUCCAAGGUGCGAAAUGCCGUCACCCCUCGCAUGACCGCGCCCACUCGCGAAGUCUUUGACGAGGCGCAAAAGGCCGUCUUUUUCCUGAUGCGCAAAAUGUCCUACCCCCGUUUCUUGGAGUCCGAGCACUAUGGCGAGCUCAUGCGCACCAUGCGAACGGAUCGCAUCACCUUUGCCUGGAUUUGAGCGGUUGAUUCGCUCGCUUCUGGUCUGUUUUUUGUUUUUUUCUGGCUUGCGUGUUUUUUCUGUGUUUUGUGUUCUUCUCUGGAGCGUAUGAGUGUUGCGCUCCACGUGCAUGCUUGUUUCUGUUUCUGUUUGUGUCGUGCUGCCUGGUUGCAGUACCUUUGUUUUUUUGGGGAGCGUGUGCUUGUAUGCAAAUACAUGUUUAUCGAACUCG